UCCAUCAUCAAGGCCAUGGUGCCCCUGCUGCACAUCGCCCUGCUCGUGCUCUUCGUCAUCAUCAUCUACGCCAUCAUCGGCCUGGAGCUCUUCAUGGGCAAGAUGCACAAGACGUGCUACAACCUGGAGGGCGUCACCGAUGUCCCAGCAGAAGACGACCCUUCGCCUUGUGCGCUGGAGACCGGCCACGGGCGGCAGUGCCAGAACGGCACGGUGUGCAAGCCCGGCUGGGACGGACCCAAGCACGGCAUCACCAACUUCGACAACUUCGCCUUCGCCAUGCUGACGGUGUUCCAGUGCAUCACCAUGGAGGGCUGGACGGACGUGCUCUACUGGAUGCAGGACGCUAUGGGCUAUGAGUUACCCUGGGUGUACUUUGUCAGUCUGGUCAUCUUUGGAUCCUUUUUCGUUCUAAAUCUGGUUCUCGGUGUGUUGAGCGGAGAGUUUUCCAAAGAGAGGGAGAAGGCCAAGGCUCGGGGAGAUUUCCAGAAGCUGCGGGAGAAGCAGCAGCUGGAAGAGGAUCUCAAAGGCUACCUGGAUUGGAUCACUCAGGCAGAAGACAUUGACCCCGAGAACGAGGACGAAGGCAUGGACGAGGAGAAACCUCGAAACAUGAGCAUGCCCACCAGCGAGACCGAGUCUGUCAACACCGAAAACGUGGCUGGAGGCGACAUCGAGGGCGAGAACUGCGGGGCCAGGCUGGCCCACCGGAUCUCCAAAUCGAAGUUCAGCCGGUACUGGCGCCGAUGGAAUCGGUUCUGCAGGAGAAAGUGCCGCGCCGCAGUCAAGUCCAACGUCUUCUACUGGCUGGUGAUUUUCCUAGUCUUCCUGAACACGCUCACCAUUGCCUCCGAGCACUACAACCAGCCCCACUGGCUCACGGAAGUCCAGGACACAGCCAACAAGGCCUUGCUGGCCCUGUUCACCGCGGAGAUGCUGCUGAAGAUGUACAGCCUGGGCCUGCAGGCCUACUUCGUGUCGCUCUUCAACCGCUUCGACUGCUUCAUCGUGUGCGGGGGCAUCCUGGAGACCAUCCUGGUGGAGACCAAGGUCAUGUCUCCCUUGGGCAUCUCCGUGCUGAGGUGCGUCCGGCUGCUGCGCAUAUUUAAGAUCACAAGGUACUGGAACUCCUUGAGCAACCUGGUGGCGUCCUUACUCAACUCCGUGCGCUCCAUUGCCUCCCUGCUCCUUCUCCUCUUCCUCUUCAUCAUCAUCUUCUCCCUCCUGGGGAUGCAGCUCUUCGGAGGGAAGUUCAACUUCGAUGAGAUGCAGACCCGCAGAAGCACAUUCGACAACUUCCCCCAGUCCCUCCUCACUGUGUUUCAGAUCCUGACCGGGGAGGACUGGAAUUCGGUGAUGUAUGAUGGGAUCAUGGCUUAUGGCGGCCCCUCUUUUCCAGGGAUGUUAGUCUGUAUUUACUUCAUCAUCCUCUUCAUCUGUGGAAAUUAUAUCCUACUAAAUGUGUUCUUGGCCAUUGCUGUGGACAACCUGGCUGAUGCUGAGAGCCUCACAUCUGCCCAAAAGGAAGAGGAAGAAGAGAAAGAGAGGAAGAAGCUGGCCAGGACUGCCAGCCCAGAGAAGAAACCAGAGGUGGUGGAGCAGCCGGCGGUGGAGGAAGCCAAGGAGGAGAAGAUUGAGCUGAAAUCGAUUACGGCUGAUGGAGAGUCUCCGCCCACCACCAAGAUCAACAUGGACGACCUCCAGCCCAGUGAAAAUGAGGAUAAGAGCCCCUACCCCAACCCAGAAACUGCAGGGGAAGAGGAUGAGGAGGAGCCGGAGAUGCCUGUCGGCCCCCGCCCAAGACCCCUGUCUGAGCUGCACCUCAAGGAGAAGGCGGUGCCCAUGCCAGAAGCCAGCGCCUUCUUCAUCUUCAGCCCCAGCAACAGGUUUCGCCUCCAGUGCCACCGCAUCGUCAACGACACCAUAUUCACCAACCUGAUCCUCUUCUUCAUCCUGCUCAGCAGCAUCUCCCUGGCCGCCGAGGACCCCGUGCAGCACAGCUCCUUCAGGAACCACAUCCUAGGCAAUGCGGACUAUGUCUUCACUGGUAUCUUUACCUUAGAAAUUAUCCUUAAGAUGACGGCAUACGGGGCCUUCCUGCACAAGGGCUCUUUCUGCCGGAACUACUUCAACAUCCUGGACCUGCUGGUGGUCAGCGUGUCCCUCAUCUCCUUUGGCAUACAGUCCAGCGCCAUCAACGUCGUGAAGAUCUUGCGAGUUCUGCGAGUGCUCAGGCCCCUGAGGGCCAUCAACAGGGCCAAGGGGCUAAAGCAUGUGGUUCAGUGCGUGUUCGUCGCCAUCCGGACCAUCGGGAACAUCGUGAUUGUCACCACACUGCUGCAGUUCAUGUUCGCCUGCAUCGGGGUCCAGCUCUUCAAGGGAAAGCUCUACACCUGCUCGGACAGCUCCAAGCAGACCGAGGCGGAAUGCAAGGGUAACUAUAUCACAUACAAGGACGGGGAGGUUGACCACCCCAUCAUCCAGCCCCGCAGCUGGGAGAACAGCAAGUUCGACUUCGACAAUGUCCUGGCAGCCAUGAUGGCCCUCUUCACGGUCUCGACCUUCGAGGGGUGGCCAGAGCUGCUGUACCGCUCCAUCGACUCCCACACGGAAGACAAGGGCCCCAUCUACAACUACCGCGUGGAGAUCUCCAUCUUCUUCAUCAUCUACAUCAUCAUCAUUGCCUUCUUCAUGAUGAACAUCUUCGUUGGUUUCGUCAUCGUCACCUUCCAGGAGCAGGGCGAGCAGGAGUACAAGAACUGCGAGCUGGACAAGAACCAGCGACAGUGCGUGGAGUACGCCCUCAAGGCCCGGCCCCUGCGAAGGUACAUCCCCAAGAACCAGCACCAGUACAAAGUGUGGUACGUGGUCAACUCCACCUACUUCGAGUACCUGAUGUUCGUCCUCAUCCUGCUCAACACCAUCUGCCUGGCCAUGCAGCACUACGGCCAGAGCUGCCUGUUCAAAAUCGCCAUGAACAUCCUCAACAUGCUUUUCACCGGCCUCUUCACCGUCGAGAUGAUCCUGAAGCUCAUUGCCUUCAAACCAAAGCACUAUUUCUGUGAUGCAUGGAAUACAUUUGACGCCUUGAUUGUUGUGGGUAGCAUUGUUGAUAUAGCAAUCACCGAGGUAAACCCAGCUGAACAUACCCAAUGCUCUCCCUCUAUGAACGCAGAGGAAAACUCCCGCAUCUCCAUCACCUUCUUCCGCCUCUUCCGGGUCAUGCGCCUGGUGAAGCUGCUGAGCCGCGGGGAGGGCAUCCGGACCCUGCUGUGGACCUUCAUCAAGUCCUUCCAGGCCCUGCCCUACGUGGCGCUGCUGAUCGUGAUGCUGUUCUUCAUCUACGCCGUGAUCGGGAUGCAGGUGUUUGGAAAAAUUGCCCUGAAUGACACCACAGAGAUCAACCGGAACAACAACUUUCAGACCUUCCCCCAGGCUGUGCUGCUCCUCUUCAGGUGUGCCACCGGCGAGGCCUGGCAGGACAUCAUGCUGGCCUGCAUGCCAGGCAAGAAAUGUGCCCCAGAGUCCGAGCCCAGCAACAGCACAGAAGGCGAAGCCCCCUGCGGCAGCAGCUUUGCUGUCUUCUACUUCAUCAGCUUCUACAUGCUCUGUGCCUUCCUGAUCAUCAACCUCUUUGUAGCUGUCAUCAUGGACAACUUUGACUACCUGACAAGGGACUGGUCAAUCCUCGGUCCUCAUCACCUGGAUGAAUUUAAAAGAAUCUGGGCAGAGUAUGACCCUGAAGCCAAGGGUCGUAUCAAACACCUAGAUGUGGUGACCCUGCUCCGGCGGAUUCAGCCCCCGCUGGGCUUUGGGAAGCUGUGCCCCCACCGCGUGGCUUGCAAACGCCUGGUUUCCAUGAACAUGCCUCUGAACAGCGAUGGGACGGUCAUGUUCAAUGCCACCCUGUUCGCCCUGGUCAGGACAGCCCUGAGGAUCAAAACAGAAGGGAACCUCGAACAAGCCAACGAAGAGCUGCGGGCCAUCAUCAAGAAGAUCUGGAAGCGGACCAGCAUGAAGCUGCUGGACCAGGUGGUGCCCCCUGCAGGUGAUGAUGAGGUCACCGUCGGCAAGUUCUAUGCCACCUUCCUGAUCCAAGAGUACUUUCGGAAAUUCAAGAAGCGCAAAGAGCAGGGCCUUGUGGGCAAGCCUUCCCAGAGGAACGCCCUGUCCCUGCAGGCUGGCUUGCGCACACUGCAUGACAUCGGGCCGGAGAUCCGCCGGGCCAUCUCUGGAGAUCUGACCGCUGAGGAAGAGCUGGACAAGGCCAUGAAAGAGGCGGUGUCCGCGGCUUCCGAAGACGACAUCUUCAGGAGGGCCGGUGGCCUGUUUGGCAACCACGUCAGCUACUACCAAAGCGACGGCCGGGGCGCCUUCCCGCAGACCUUCACCACGCAGCGGCCACUGCACAUCAACAAGGCGGGCAACAGCCAAGGCGACACCGAGUCACCCUCCCACGAGAAACUGGUAGACUCCACCUUCACCCCCAGCAGCUACUCGUCCACGGGCUCCAACGCCAACAUCAACAACGCCAACAACACCGCCCUGGGCCGCGUCCCCUGCCCUGCCGGCCACCCCAGCACCGUCAGCACCGUGGAGGGCCACGGCCCCCCCUUGUCCCCUGCCGUCCGGGUGCAGGAGGCAGCGUGGAAGCUCAGCUCCAAGAGGUGCCACUCCCGGGACAGCCAGACGGCCAUGGUGUGCCCAGAGGACGUGUCUCCCGACAAGCCCUAUGAAAUGAAGACGAACGAAGACCGCGAGUCCUGCGGCGAGCCCAGCCUGCUCUCCACAGAGAUGCUUUCCUACCAGGAUGAUGAAAAUCGACAGUUGACGCCCCCAGAGGACAAGAGGGACAUCCGGCAAUCCCCGAAGAGGGGCUUCCUUCGCUCUGCCUCACUAGGUCGAAGGGCCUCCUUCCACCUGGAAUGUCUGAAACGACAGAAGAACCAAGGGGGAGACAUCUCUCAGAAGACAGUCCUGCCGCUACAUCUGGUUCAUCAUCAGGCGUUGGCGGUAGCUGGCCUGAGCCCCCUCCUCCAGAGAAGCCAUUCCCCCACCUCGGUCCCCAGGCCGUUCGCCACGCCCCCUGCCACUCCGGGCAGCCGUGGCUGGCCCCCGCAGCCCAUCCCCACCCUGCGCCUGGAGGGGGCCGAGUCCAGCGAGAAGCUCAACAGCAGCUUCCCAUCCAUCCACUGUGGCUCCUGGGCUGAGGGGGCCGCCCCCGGUGGUGGGGGCAGCAGUGCGGCCCGGAGGGCCCGGCCCGUCUCCCUCACAGUGCCCAGCCCAGCGGGGGCGCCAGGCAGGCAGUUCCACGGCAGUGCCAGCAGUCUGGUGGAAGCGGUCCUGAUUUCGGAAGGACUGGGGCAGUUUGCGCAAGACCCCAAGUUCAUCGAGGUCACGACCCAGGAGCUGGCGGACGCCUGCGACAUGACGAUAGAGGAGAUGGAGAGCGCGGCAGACAACAUCCUCAGCGGGGGCGCCCCGCAGAGCCCCAACGGCACCCUCUUACCUUUUGUGAACUGCAGGGACCCGGGGCAGGACCGAGCAGGGGGCGAAGAGGACGGGAGCUGCGCGCGCGCCCCGGGGCGCGGGCGGAGCGAGGAGGAACUGCACGACAGCAGGGUCUACGUCCGCAGCCUGUAGUCGCCAGGGCUGGGGAGAUGCUGGGUUUUUUAUUUGUUUCAAUGUUCCUAAUGGGUUCGUUUCAGAAGUG